AUGGCGUCCAAGCAAGAUCAGUACCAGGAUCAGUUGUCAGAAGGCGACAACGACGACAAUCCCGUGGACACAAAGGAUCCGCAAUUAAGGAAAUUGCAAGAUUUCAUGGACAACCGCUUUUUGCUUGUUUGCACCGCAGUUUUCACUUUCUUUUGCCUGUUUGGCGAGGAUGUAAGAAUCUGUUUCUUCGGCAAGGCAGCAGAUAAUUUUUUCUACUUUCUUUUCAUCAUUUGUCUGUUGUACUUCAUUUUCGAGUUUGUGUUAUUCUCUAUUAUCCAAGAUGGGUACAGGUGGGGCUUCUUCUUCUGGCUCGACCUGGCGGCUACUGUCAGUUUGCUUCUCGACAUUGACUGGAUUUCCGACGCGCUCGUGAGCUGGCGACUCGACUGGCUUGAUAACUACGAGAAUACAACUUCUUUCCUAGACUCCGACACAACAGGCGUGAUUGGAAUGGUUCGCCUCAUCCGUCUCAUUCGUCUCAUGAAACUCUACAAGAUGACGACGGCGCGGAGUGAGACAGACCAACAAGAUAGGCUGCGGGAAGAAGCUCGGACGGCUCUGAACGCGAAACAAGCGGCACUCAAACGCGUUGAAGCUAGUCGCCUGGGGAAGCAGCUCUCUGACAUGAUUACGAGGAUCGUCAUUCUCGGUAUCCUUCUGGUGCUCAUAUGCCUUCCACUGAUCAAAACAUCGGUGGUCGUCGACAACUCAAGAUGGCUGGGUCUAAGAAAUCUCUAUUGGGUUGGCGAAAACGUCUGUGGUCGCGGGCCUGACGGUUCCCGAAGCCCUUGUCUCGUUGCAGAGAACGGCGAGAUCGCUUGGAAAUGGCAAAUUCUGCAGUAUGCAGGAGUCACGAGGGAGAAUUCGGAUUCCAAGCUAUUGUGGCUUUACGUGACAAGUUACCCUGAAAAGGGGAAGCUUCGUGAUAUUGAACGCAUCUCGCUGGAAGUCAACGGCAAGAUUCUAACGUGGAAACAAACGAUCGAAUGCGCAGGGAUACGAAACCCAAACUGUCCCUGGAGAGACGAUGAACAAGAUCUGAUCGUUUAUGAAGAGCGAGGUAUUCGCACCUAUGCAAAAUUCCUCAAGAGAGAGGAGAGGCAACAAGAAGCUAUCCUCAACAUGCUACUCACACUGUUCGUCAUCGUUGUCCUUUGCGUUCUGAUCUUCGUGUUCGCGCGAGACACACAGAUCCUUGUGGUCGCCCCUAUUGAGAAAAUGGUGAACAUUGUGAAGCAACUUGCGGACGACCCCCUGCGGCAGCCGACCAUGGAGCCUCAGACGGAGGAGAGCUCUGAGAAACAAAAGAGCGCAAACCAACUGGAAACGUCAAUGCUCGAAACAACUAUCCUCAAAAUCGGAGGUCUCUUACAGGUUGGUUUUGGCGAGGCUGGAGCAAGUAUAAUAGGGCGAAACAUGCGGAGCGGAGAUGGUGAUUUAAAUAUUAUGAUACCAGGAGAGAAGGUCCAGGCAAUCUUCGGUUUCUGUGACAUUCGGUCGUUCACCGAGAUCACCGAGUGCCUGCAAGAAGACGUGAUGGUGUUCAUCAAUACCGUUGGCAACAUCGUCCAUAAUUGUUGCCACCUGUGGAACGGUGCUGCAAACCAAAAUGUUGGCGACGCCUUCCUUUUUACGUGGAAGCUUGGACACGCAUUCGAAGCCGAUCGCAUCAAGGAUAAUCACGAGGCUGUCGAGUCAGGAGAAAUGGCGAAUAAGGCCCUCGUAGCCUUUGUCAAGACCAUUGUCGAGAUUCGACGCAAUUCAGACCUCAUAGCAUUUGAGAGAGACCCUCGAAUGACUUCGAGAUUCGGAGUUGGAUAUCGACUCAAGAUUGGCUACGGCCUCCAUGUGGGGUGGGCAAUUGAAGGUGCCAUAGGGUCUGACUUUAAGAUCGACGCAUCUUACUUAUCUCCGCAUGUUACCCUCACUCAACGGAUACAAGAAGCAACGAAGAUAUAUCACACGCCCCUCCUGCUUUCAGAAUCUGUCUACUUCAUGCUGUCGGUCAAAUCUAAAGGUCGCAUUAGAAAAGUGGAUGUCGUCAAAGCCGAUGAGAACCAAGCGCAACACCUGGGACUAUACUGCUUUGACAUCAAUGACCAAAUCCCUCGAGGGCCAGCAGACCCUCAAAGAGUUCUUGGAGACGUGGUCAAACCUGACGACGUCCUCGAAAUUCCGACUGAACAUCUCCGCGGACCCGGAGUCGAGUAUAUGUUCGUUGUAGAUGCGGACAUCAGUACGCUCCAAGAAGGGUUCUCGGACCAGCUGUAUACUGAAUACAGAGCGGCGUUCUGCAAAUAUAUCGAGGGGGAGUGGGGGGAAGCAUCCGAGGGAUUUAAACGGUGCCUAGAGAUUCUUCCAGGAGACGGGCCUUCCACAGCCCUGCUCGACUUCAUGAAAAGGACGGAUUUCAAGGCCCCGGAGAACUGGCGUGGCUACCGCAUCCUCCCAAUUCUAAAAAAGUACUGA